CCUGCUGCUGUGUUUGUAUUUGUAUUUGUAUUGUUAUUGUUAUUGUAUUGCAUUUGCUGUUAUUGUUAUUGUUAUUGUAUUUGCUAUUGCAUCUACUUCUACAUCUGCUUUCAUUGCUGUCAUGCCCAAACCAAACCUCUCCAUCGACCCGCCCCCCUUCCUCUCCUCUGACAUCGCGGUUCGCUCCGACCAAAACCACUCCUCCUCCUCCUCCUCCCCCUCCUCCAUCUCCUCCUCAGACAACUUCUCCUUCCGCCAGUCCACAGACUCCUCCAUCUCCAACUCCUUCUCCUCCUCCGCCCGCAGACCCUCCCCUCCCCCCUUCCACCGCGCCUUCUCCGCCCCCGUCGUCCACUCCACCUCCCUCCCCGCCUCGCCCUCUCCCUCCCCCUUCCCCGACCUCGCCGCCCUGCAAUUCUCCGAAGACCUCUCUCCCGCACAGCAUGUCACCCUCGGCGUCCGUCUCUACGAAACAAACCAGCUCGAGCAGGCCGCCUACCACCUCCAAGAGGCCGCCCACGCAAACCACAUCCCCGCCAUGAUCAUCUACGCCCUCUACCUCCGCCACGGCUGGGGCACCCGCCCCGACCCACACCAGUCCACCGCCUGGCUCUCCCGCGCCGCCGACAUCCUCUGUCGCCGCAGCAACAGCAUAGUCGACGUCGCAGACAUCCCUCCUUCCCCCUCCACCGCCACCUGCCACUCCUCCUCCGACGACGCCGCCAGCAGCAGAGGCAUGAUCCUCAACAGCCCGCUCUGCAGUCCCCGCUGGAAAAUGCCACUUUCUGUCGCCGCCAGACAGCUCGGGAAAUCGUACUCUUCAAAACAAGGCGACCGGAACGAGGUCAUGGCCAUGGCCUGUUUUGAAAUCGGCGCCCAUCUCGGCGACUCCCAGUCCAUGUGUGCCGCCGCCGAGCUGUGGACAAAGUCUGGUCUGGGAAGGAAAAAGGAUCUCUACAAAGCCGCUUCUCUCUAUCGACAGGCGGCUGAUCUCGGUCUGAAUACGCCUCAGACGCAAUGGAUAUACAAAGACAAGUACAAGCGGUUUCCCGAUAUAGAAACCGCAGAGGCUUCGAAGCGACGGUCUUUCUUUAGUAGGUUUGGCGGUAAGAGGAAGGCGUCUACAUGAUUUUGGUGUUUUCUUACUGAUUAUAUGCUUAUCAUUUUGUUUAACUGUACAAUAAUGUCAAUACAUCAAUGA